UGCUGCCAAUCAGUGCUACCUAUCAGUGCCAGUCAGUGUCGCCUAUCAGUGCCAUCAGUGCCGCCUAUCAGUGUCAGUCAGUGCCACCUAUCGGUGCCACAUAUGAGUGUUGCCUUUCAGAGCCCAUCAGUGAUGCCUAUCAAUGCCCAUAAGUGCCACCUACCAGUGCCUCCUCAUCAGUGCCCAUCAGUGCCACCUAUCAGUGUCCAUCAGUGCAGCCUAUCAGUGCCCAUCACUGCAGCCUCAUUAGCGCUCAUCAGUGAAGGAGAAAAAUCACUUAUUUACAACAUUUUAUAA